AUAGAAUAAUUAAUAAGUCCAAAUAAUAAGCAAAAUGAAUGUCGAAAAACUCAAAAAAGCCUCUUUACUAUAUCUGUCUGGUCUUUGACUCCUAAUCAACUUCUCCCUCUCUCUCAGCUGCGCCUUUCUCUCUCCUCCCCCUCUCUCUCUCCUCUCCUCUCUUUCUCUCUCUAGUUCUUCUUCCCCCACACAAAAACUGGGAGCCCCAAAUCUUUCAAUCACAUUUGUUUCUCUGAGACCCAAAUACAUACGUCACUUUUUAAUUUAGAGAGAUUAACAGCAUUCUCUAUUUUAUCUGGAAAAAAGGAUUUUUAUUUUAUUUUGUUGAGAAGAAGAUGGGAAAAUUUAUAAAUACCUGGAUUAUAUGUAUCUAGAUAUAUAGAUAGAUGUAAAUCUCUGAUUUCAGCCGCCAUUGUUAAUCCGACGAAUUCGAAAGCAUCCAAGAUGGUCGACAGGCCUCCGUACGCCAAUCGCAGAUGGCAAAAUUACUCCGCCACGAAGCUCAUCUUCUGGGCCUCUAUUUUCGCCGCCCUAAUCCUUUUUCUGAUCUUCCACUCCCCGCCGCCCGAUCUCUCCGCCACCGGACGCACCGCCGCCUCCACAUGGGGCGGCCAGACCUGGGAGAAGCGCGUACAAAUGUCGGCCCGUCCCCGCUCCAAUUCCCCCUCCCACGACGGCGGCGCCGGCCACCUCUCCGUCCUCGUCACGGGCGCUGCCGGAUUCGUCGGCAGCCACGUCUCCGCCGCACUCAAGCGCCGCGGCGACGGCGUCGUCGGCCUCGACAAUUUCAACAGCUACUACGACCCCUCCCUGAAGAGAUCUCGCCGGAAACUCCUCGAGGACGCCGGAAUCUUCGUCGUCGAGGGAGACAUCAACGAUUCCGAUCUCCUGAACAAGCUCUUCGACGUGGUCGCAUUCACCCACGUGAUGCACCUCGCCGCCCAGGCCGGCGUCCGCUACGCCAUGAAGAACCCUAGCUCGUACGUCCACAGCAACAUCGCAGGCCUCGUCAGCAUCUUCGAAACCUGCAAAAACGCAAAUCCACAGCCGUCGAUCGUCUGGGCUUCCUCAAGCUCCGUCUAUGGCUUAAAUUCAAAAGUCCCCUUUUCGGAAACCGACAAAACCGACCAACCGGCAAGCCUCUACGCCGCCACAAAGAAAGCCGGCGAAGAAAUCGCCCACACAUACAACCACAUCUACGGCCUCUCAAUCACAGGGCUCCGAUUCUUCACCGUUUACGGGCCGUGGGGCCGGCCCGACAUGGCCUACUUCUUCUUCACAAAAGAUAUCCUCAAAGGGAAGCCCAUAACAAUAUUCGAAGGUCCAAAUCACGGAAGCGUGGCUCGGGAUUUCACUUACAUUGACGACAUUGUUAAGGGCUGUGUCGCGUCGAUAGAUACUGCAGAGAAGAGCACGGGUAGCGGAGGGAAGAAGAAGGGGCCCGCACAAUUACGUGUAUUUAACCUCGGAAACACAUCCCCUGUUCCUGUGGGCAAGCUUGUUGGUAUUUUGGAGAAGCUUUUGAAGGUGAAAGCUAAGAGAAACGUGCUGCCUAUGCCGAGAAACGGAGAUGUCGUUUUCACGCAUGCGAAUAUUAGUUACGCGCAGAAGGAGCUUCAUUACAAGCCAACUACAGAUUUGCAAACAGGGUUGAAGAAAUUUGUGCAUUGGUAUAUGGAUUACUACUCGGUAAAUGGGAGGAAGAAGUAUUGAGUUUUUGACGAUGAUCGUUUGGGAUAGUAUUUUUCGACCCCAUUUGAUUGCUUAAGCAAGGUACAUUUUUCGCCGAUCUCUUUUGGUAUAUACGUUGGUUGAAAAGAUAGAAUUUUUUUAGCAGUUCAAGAAAAGAUGUGUUAGUGAGAGUGAUCACAUGAUUUUUUUUUCUUUGAGAAACCCAAAUGGGAUUUUUGUUUGAGUUCGAAUAUUUCUUGUUUGUCUAUAUACUGAUGAUUGACUUUCAUUUUUUUUUCCUGCACGGAUAUUUUUUUUUCUCUAACGAUUUAAUAAAGUUCAAUGCGUUUUCGCUAUUA